AUGGCGUUAGAAAAUUCGCACGAGAAAAUCUUGAACAUAAGUAUCGUUGGCGGUGGACUGGUGGGGUCGUUGGAAGCUCUUUAUCUGGCGAGAAGAGGCCACAAUGUGACACUAUACGAAUAUCGAGAAGAUAUACGAAAGACGCCACACGUGAGAGGUAGGUCAAUAAACCUGGCAUUAUCUGUGCGAGGGCGCAGGGCGCUCAGAGAUAUCGGCUUAGAAGACAUCAUGGUUAAGGAGCAUGGUAUUCCAAUGAGGUCUCGAAUGAUACACAGACCUGACGGAACAACAUACUCAAUACCUUACGACGCUAGAACCAAUCAGUGCAUUUAUUCGGUGGGAAGAAAUUAUUUGAACAGCGUGCUUCUUAAAGAGUCGGAGAAUUACAAGAACGUGCAGAGACACUUCAAUCACAAACUUAUUGAUACAAAUUUACCAAACGGUGAACUUACGUUUAUGCAGACAGACACGAAGGAUAGAGUGUCUGUGAAAGCCGAUUUGAUAAUUGGUGCUGACGGAGCAUUUUCAACUGUCCGACGAGCGAUGUUGAAGCAGCCAUUGUUUGAUUUCAGUCAGCAGUACAUAGAACAUGGAUAUAUGGAGCUGUGUAUACCACCAGGCAAAGAUGGCGGAGUAAGUAAUUGA